UUGGAUUUGUUUAAGCUCAGUUCUCGAAUUCGUCCCCCUCGCCAUGACAGAGGAUGAUGAUUUGACACCUGAUCCUAUGUCACAACAAGUACAAAGCAAUGUCGUUUUUGUACCUCCUGACGGACUUUGCUGGGUGUCCAUUCUAUCAUGUUUAUUACUCGCAUGCUCGUACGUCGGGAGUUUAUACGUAUGGAGAAGCGACCUUCCAAGGGAUCACCCAGCAGUGAUCAAGAGACGCUUCACCAGUGUAUUAAUAGUGUCGGCUCUGUCUCCGGUCUUUGUCUGGGCAUGGAAGGAGUUCACAGGCGUCCGUCCCAACCAUUCACUCCUGGCCCUGAUGGGCAUUCGGUUAGAGGGUUUACUGCCCGCUGUCAUUCUACCACUGCUACUCACCAUGGUGCUUUUUCUGGGCCCCCUGAUCCAGCUGGCCAUGGACUGCCCUUGGAGCUUCAUUGACGGGAUAAGAGUGGCCAUUGACCCGUCGUUUUGGGCGUUGUGUUUGAGCGACAUGCGCUGGUUGAGGAACCAGGUGGUGGCGCCGUUGACGGAGGAGCUGGUGUUCCGUGCCUGCAUGCUACCCAUGCUCGUCCCCUGUGCUGGUCCCUCCACCUCCAUCUUCACCUGUCCCCUCUUCUUCGGCGUGGCUCAUUUUCAUCACGUCAUUGAGCUGCUGCGGUUCAGACAGGGAACCGUUUCUGGCAUUUUCCUUUCUGCAGUAUUCCAGUUCUCAUAUACGGCAGUGUUCGGGGCUUACACUGCGUUAAUAUUCAUCAGGACAGGUCAUUUGGUGGGGCCUGUUCUCUGUCAUUCCUUCUGUAAUUACAUGGGUUUUCCCGCCGUCAGUGCAGCCCUGGAGCACCCGCACCGCACCACUGUUCUCUCCUUCUACCUGCUGGGUGUUCUCCUCUUCCUCCUCCUCCUCUUCCCCAUGACUGAUCCGCUCUUCUACGGCGCCCCCACGCCUGUCUGCAGCCUUACCUCUGCUCCUGCCUCCAUCUGCUCCUAAACCACACCUCUAUCCAUCCAUCCUGUUUGCACCCGGCCCCUCUCUCUCUUUUACCCGGGCCCACGGACUCCUGGAACCCGAGACACCCGUUCUCCCAGGAAGAUGACUUGGGAAUUUUUGGGAAUGAUUGGGUGGGUCAGUGAGAGGGCUUAAAGAAACACAGCUAUGAGAACUCCGGGAAUGUUGGACACCUAAACAUGGACCAGGCUCUCUGUGUCGCAUUCUGGUCACAAACCAACAGCACCUCAUGACACAGUCAGCUAAAUAAGGUGAUUACCUUUCCAAUGGCUACCUGAUACCUGACCUGGAGUCAGUAAGCCUGUGCUCUCUGUCCUUGGGGAAGGGUGAAAA